AUGUUACUGUUUGCAGCGUGUUUUUCGGCACUGCGUUCAAUCAUCUGUGUUGAACUGCUUGGUCUGGAAAAGCUUCCAAAUGCGUUUGGGAUGAUGAUGCUUUGCAUGGGUGUUGCAGCUUUAAUCGGCCCGCCAAUCGCUGGUUUGUAUUGCUUUUCAUUUAUUAUUUUUCGCUUUAUUUAUCUGUAUAUUUAUCCGGAAACGAACGAGCAUUUGCCAGAAACACUGCAUGGCAGCGGAGCCAUGACCCUUAUUGAUCUGAACUGUACUGAUUGCUAA